AUGGGCAAAUCCUCCAAAGACAAGCGCGACGCCUACUACCGCCUCGCCAAAGAGCAAGGCUGGCGCGCGAGAAGCGCAUUCAAGCUUCUCCAACUCGACGAAGAAUUCGACCUCUUCUCCAACGUCUCCCGCGUCGUCGACCUCUGCGCCGCCCCGGGCUCCUGGUCCCAAGUCCUCUCGCGCGUGCUCAUCAAGGGCGAAAAGUUUGGCCGCUCGGCAUGGCAGGAUCGCGAUGCCCGCGUGCGGCAGCAGAUGCUCGGCGUCUUUCCCGAGGCCUUUACGCCCGAACAGAGGGAGGCCAUAGAAAGAGAAACAUCGACAACAUCGACAACAACAUCCUCAUCAACAUCUGAGCCCGCGACGACAUCGACAACAACACGCCCCGACGUCAAAAUCGUCUCCAUCGACCUCCAGCCCAUCUCCCCCCUCGCGGGCAUCACCACCCUCCGCGCCGACAUCACCCACCCCGCCACCGUCCCGCUCCUCCUCUCCGCCCUCGACCCGUCCUACGACGCCUCCUCCGCCGCGGGCACCCAUGCCCAGCACCCGGUCGACCUCGUCCUCAGCGACGGCGCCCCGGACGUCACCGGCCUGCACGACCUCGACAUCUACGUCCAGUCGCAGCUGCUCUUCGCCGCGCUCAACCUCGCCCUCUGCGUCCUCCGGCCCGGCGGCAAGUUCGUCGCAAAGAUCUUCCGCGGCCGCAACGUCGACGUCCUCUACGCCCAGCUCAAGAUCUUCUUCGAAAGGGUCGUCGUGGCCAAGCCCAGGAGCAGCAGGGCCAGCAGCGUCGAGGCCUUCAUCGUGUGCCUCAACUUUCGGCCGCCGGCGGGCUUCCACGCGAGCCUGGAGGAGCCGCUUGGCGUCGGGCGGCGGCUGGACAGGAUGGUCAGGGAGCGGGAAAGGCAGCUGCCGAUUGUCGCCGAAGCAAUCAUGCAGUCGGUCGGAGGCACUUGGGACUGCAGCGUCACAUCGGCACCGACGACAUCUCACGGGGACGGAAUCACAGAAGUGGAAGUCUACGACGACAUGGUGGAGAACGACAGGGACAAUGGGGCACGCUGGAUUGCCCCGUUUAUUGCCUGUGGUGAUCUAUCAGCCUUUGACUCCGACGCCUCCUACCAGCUGCCCGAGGACUAUGUCUCUCUAGACCCCGUCCAACCUCCUAUUGCUCCGCCGUACAAGAGGGCGCUCGAAAUGCGCGCUGGGCUCGCUAGGCCAACGAGGUAG